UCUGCGCUUGUCAUCAUGGCGACGCGGGGCCAUGUGCAGGACCCUAACGACAGGCGUCUCCGGCCCAUUUACGAUUAUCUUGAUAAUGGUAAUAAUAAAAUGGCAAUCCAGCAAGCAGAUAAACUGUUGAAGAAACAUAAGGAUCUUCAUUGUGCUAAGGUUUUAAAGGCAAUUGGUUUACAGAGAACUGGAAAGCAAGAAGAAGCUUUCACUUUGGCACAGGAAGUGGCAGCCCUGGAACCCACAGAUGACAACUCAUUACAGGCACUGACUAUUCUUUACCGGGAGAUGCAUCGACCGGAGUUAGUUACAAAACUUUACGAGGCAGCUGUGAAGAAAGUGCCUAAUAGUGAGGAGUAUCACUCUCACCUCUUCAUGGCCUAUGCCAGAGUGGGUGAAUACAAGAAAAUGCAACAGGCUGGCAUGGCUCUAUAUAAGAUUGUUCCCAAAAACCCUUACUACUUUUGGUCUGUGAUGAGCUUAAUUAUGCAAUCUAUAUCAGCACAGGACGAAAACCUUUCAAAAACCAUGUUUCUUCCCCUUGCUGAGAGAAUGGUAGAAAAAAUGGUGAAAGAAGAUAAAAUUGAGGCCGAGGCUGAAGUUGAACUUUAUUAUAUGAUCCUGGAACGUUUGGGAAAGUACCAGGAAGCCUUGGAUGUCAUCAGAGGGAAAUUAGGAGAGAAGCUAACAAGUGAGAUCCAGAGUCGGGAAAACAAAUGCAUGGCCAUGUACAAGAAGCUUAGCCGGUGGCCCGAGUGCAAUGCCCUUUCCCGGCGCUUGUUACUAAAAAACUCAGAUGACUGGCAGUUCUAUCUGACUUAUUUCGAUUCUGUCUUUCGACUGAUUGAAGAGGCCUGGACUCCUCCUCUUUAGAAGGAGAAGUACAUUAUUCUGCAGAGGAAGCUGUGAAGUUUAUAGAAGAUCGAAUAACAGAAGAAUCUAAAAGUUCUCGCCAUCUCCGAGGACCCCAUCUAGCUAAACUGGAGCUGAUUAGGCGUUUACGAAGUCAAGGUUGUAACGAUGAGUACAAACUGGGUGAUCCAGAAGAGUUAAUGUUCCAGUAUUUUAAAAAGUUUGGGGAUAAGCCUUGUUGUUUUACAGACCUUAAAGUGUUUGUCGACCUCUUGCCUGCUACACAAUGUACAAAAUUUAUCAAUCAGUUGCUUGGAGUUGUUCCUUUGUCGACACCAACAGAAGACAAGCUGGCACUGCCUGCUGACAUCAGAGCUCUGCAGCAACAUCUGUGUGUGGUACAACUGACAAGGUUACUGGGCUUAUACCAUAUCAUGGAUAAGAAUCAGAAAUUGAGCGUGGUCAGAGAACUGAUGUUAAGGUAUCAGCAUGGACUGGAAUUUGGGAAAUCUUGUUUGAAAACAGAAUUGCAAUUUUCCGACUAUUACUGUCUGCUUGCUGUCCAUGUGCUUAUUGAUAUAUGGAGAGAAACAGGUGAUGAGACUGCUGUGUGGCAGGCCCUGACUUUACUGGAAGAAGGAUUGACCCAUAGCCCUUCAAAUGCUCAAUUCAAAUUGCUGCUUGUUCGAAUCUACUGUAUGCUGGGUGCAUUUGAACCAGUGGUGGAUCUUUACGCCAGUCUCGAUGCCAAGCAUAUCCAGCAUGAUACCAUUGGUUAUCUUUUGACUCGAUACGCUGAAUCUCUAGGUCAGUAUGCUGCUGCAUCCCAAUCCUGUAACUUCGCACUCAGGUUUUUCCACUCCAACCAGAAAGAUACCUCAGAAUACAUUAUUCAAGCUUACAAAUAUGGUGCGUUUGAGAAGAUUCCAGAAUUUAUCGCAUUUAGGAACAGGCUGAACAAUUCUCUUCAUUUUGCACAAGUCCGUACUGAACGGAUGCUGUUAGACCUUCUACUUGAAGCAAAUAUAUCAACCAGCUUAGCGGAAAGUAUAAAGUCAAUGAAUCUUAAGCCAGAAGAAGAUGACAUUCCAUGGGCAGAUUUGCGAGACAACAGAGACUUAAAUGUUUUCUUCAGCUGGGAUCCAAAAGACAGGGAUGUUUCUGAAGAACAUAAGAAACUUUCUUUGGAAGAGGAAACCAUGUGGUUAAGAAUUCGUUCCUUAACAUUGAGGCUGAUCAGUGGACUUCCCAGUCUUAACCACCCGGUGGAGCCAAGGAACUCUGAGAAGACAGCUGAGAAUGGUGUAUCUUCUCGGAUUGACAUUCUUCGUUUGCUCCUUCAACAGUUGGAGGUGGCCCUGGAGACAGGAAAGCGAUUUAUUGAGAAGGAAAUUCAGUAUCCUUUCCUUGGUCCUGUUCCUACCAGAAUGGGUGGAUUCUUUAAUUCUGGCUGUUCACAGUGCCAGAUAAGCUCUUUUUAUCUUGUUAAUGAUAUUUAUGAGCUGGAUACCAAUGGUUUAGAGGAUACAAUGGAGAUCCAGGAGAGAAUAGAGAAUAAUCUUAAGUAUUUACUAGAACAAUUAAAAGAUGUCUUCAGUAAAUGUAAAGGUGACCUCUUAGAAGUUAAAGAUGGUAACUUGAAAACACAUCCUACUCUUUUAGAAAAUCUUGUCUUCUUCGUAGAGACUAUUUCUAUUAUCCUCUGGGUGUCUAGUUACUGUGAGAGUGUCCUGCGACCAUACAAAUUAAAUUUACAGAAAAAGAAAAAGAAGAAAAAAGAAACCAGCAUCAUCAUGCCACCUGUCUUUACCACUUUCCAAGACUAUGUUACUGGGCUUCAGACUUUAAUUUCCAAUGUCGUGGAUCAUAUUAAAGGGCUUGAAACACAUCUAAUUGCACUUAAACUUGAAGAACUUAUUUUAGAAGAUACUUCUCUUUCACAGGAAGAGAAAAAAUUUUCAAAGACUGUGCAAGGGAAAGUGCAGAGCAGUUAUCUGCACUCACUUCUGGAAAUGGGAGAUCUGCUGAAAAAAAGACUUGAGACCACAAAGAAACUAAAAAUUUAAGAGUAUGAACCACAGGCACUGAUGACUGUACAGCAGAAAAGGACACCAUUUUCCCAGGCAAAAGCAAAUCUGGUUUACCAUCAUUUUAAUCCAGAACUUCCUCAUAAAAAUGCAUGAAGGACUUUGAUUGUGAAUUAAUUUUUUUAGGUAUUAAAUAUAUACAACUGAUUAAAUUAUUGUAUAUAAACCAGAAGCAGGACCCUCAUCUGGGUUUGACCACUUUUUAUAUAUAUGUUCAUAUGCAUAUGGCAGCAACAAGAGAACCCCCCUUCUUUUCCCUCUUAUCAUCGGAAACAUCCUGGGGGAAGGGAUGGGUAUUUUCCAAGCAGCAAUAGAAACUACACAUAAGGCAUGGACCUCAGAGCAGCUGAAUGACCCUCCCACUGUAGCAGUGGGUCUGAUCCUUGAGCCUUAGCAGAAAAAAGCAGGUUUUCUGGAGCAGGCCCUCUUUCCUCAGUAGUUAGGUUCAUUUUGAGGCUUCCUCAGCUGCUUGGCUCUCUCAGUACCCAAGGCAGGUACACAAAGGGCUUCAGGUGAGGCUUGACAUAAAAGCACCUGCCACAGAAGGGCACCACUCAUGACCACAGGUGCUCAUUUUUUGGUUUAAGACAAGGAUAGCCAAGACAUCCCCCAGACUAGCUCCUGUAAGUUAGAUCUCAGAUAGGGAGGGAAGGGCAGCUUUUAAUUUACAGCUGUUAAGAGGGGAAAGCAGUGCAGACCACUUAGUAAGCCUGCAGGACUAGUUCACAGUCUUUCAUCUAUUUGGGAAAGAUGGGAAUCACUGUUUUAAAGAAGAGAGGUGUACAUAAUUUAUGCAGGCAAGUCUGAUACUUACUCCAUUGAUUUUGAGUCAUACUGCAAUUGAUUUGUGAGAUACACACGUAUAUAUGCUUGAAAAUUAAGAGUUAAUAUUUUAGUAUUUUUAAGUGGGGGAUUGGGAAGGAAAAAAUGUAUAUAUGGAUUUAACCUAGGUUUUUUUUUAAGUUUUAGGAUGGUAAAAGAAAUAUUACCCAAUGGGUUUGAUGUUCAGUCUAUUUUCUUCAAACUUGAGGAUUAUACCAGGAUGGUGUUUACUUUGUUCACCUGGAGGGAGGUCCCCAAGACCACAGUUUCAGAGGUUAAUUUGAUAGAAGAGAAAAAUUGCUCUUGAAAAUGUGAUACCAUUUAUACAAUUGCUUUGAUAACUUUUUUGUGUUUGAAUCCCUGCUUGUUUUUAGUCUUUGUAACCUAAUUACAGUUAAAGUUAGUAAUUCUGUAAGAGAAAAGAAUGAAUUUGAUUAGAAAUUUCAAGCACAUGUGAUUGAGGAUUGGUCUUAAAGACUUUUUUUUGAGAGAUGUUUUGCUAUAGGGCACGUGUGCUUGCUGGAAUGCAGACAGCAAGAAAUCACCCACCCAC